AUGGGAGGAAUAUUAAAGAAUGCGGUGCGUAAGGAGGAGGGUGAUGGUGCGCAGGAGGCACAGUCGUUGAGUGAUUUCCGUAAGCAAGUUUACAAGAACACGCAGUUGAAUGCGCAACUUACCUCCAGGAAACGAGAUACUCCUAUUGACACGCUUCAUCUAAAUGAGAAUGGUGAAGAGGAAGAUGUCACACUCUCUCCUUCUAGGAGAAGAGGCCCACCCAAGGACACCUUGCUGAUGAAAAGGGAGCAUGAUGCAUUGGAGAAGCAGAAGGAAGAGAUGAAGAACAUGACAGAAGAGGAGAGACUGCAAUGGAACCAGAAGAACUUGGACGAAAAUGAGAUCACCAAGCAGCAAUUCCAGGAUAUCCAUGUCGAUGAACCAAAGACACCGUACCAAGGUGCCGUGGAUCCCGAAGGAGAAUACUAUAAAGUUGAUGACGAUGAGGAAGAUGACGAUGAUGAUGGAAAGAAGAAACAAGGCCAUCUUGAUGAUCUUGACGACUUUUCGUUGGGUGAACCGGAAUAUAAAGUCAGCGCGACAGCUGACAAUGGCAUCAUAGAUGCUGAGGAUGAUGAGAGCGAUGCCGAACCAGAAGAACUGACCCCAGAAGAGAAACACAGACGUUUUGAAGAGAUGAGAAAGAAACACUAUAACGUUAAAGAAGUAUUCAGGAAUAAGCAAGCCCUUGAAGAUUUAGAUGAUGACGAAGACGACGAAUGA